AGUGGCACAUCAAUGCCACAUAUCAGUGCACAUCAAUGCCACAUAUCAGUGCACAUCAAUGCCACCCAUCAGUGCCAGUCAGUGCCACCUAUCAAUGCCAAUCAGUGCCAACUAUCAGUGCUGCCAAUCAGUGCCACCUAUCAGUGCCAGUCAGUGUCACCUAUCAGUGCGCAUCAGUGCCGCCUAUCAGUGCCAGUCAGUGCCGCCUAACAGUGCCAGUCAGUGCCACCUAUCAGUGCCAGUCAGUGCUGCCUAUCAGUGCCAUAUAUCAG